CCCUGUUAAGCAGAACUUUUUGACAGUUAUCAUCUGUCAUUCAUUGAAAUUCGAACUUUUCAUCAAACGAAGAGUUACUUUUGAUCUGCUGUGCAAGUUUUUCUGGAUUUUUCAAUUUCUGCUAAGAUGCUGACGAACCAGAUCCAGCAGGCUGCCCGUAUGCUUGGGGCUCAGGCCCGCCGCAACUACGGUGUUACCGCCGUCGUCAUGUCCAAGGCUACCGAUCCCAUUCAGCAGCUCUUUGUCAACAAACUGCGCGAGUAUGAUACCAAGAGCAAAAGCGCCGGAGGCAAACUGGUCGACCCAUCUCCCCAGAUUGAACGUGAACUCAAGCAGGAACUGGAAAAACUGGCCAAGCAGUACGGUAGUGCCGACGGUGGUGACAUUACCGCUUUCCCCACGUUCAAGUUCGAGGAACCCAAACUCGGCCCGAUCAACUCCAGUAACUGAAGUGGUUCUUAUCGUUAAAAAGUGCAAAACAAAAAUCUUUCACGGAAUAAAAAGUUAGUUCUUAAACGAG